CCCUUCUCUCUCUCUCUCUCAGUGUGGAAGCCCGGAGGGACGAUGCCUUCAGCUCCAAUCGAUCCUCCAUUGCUCGAGCCCUCGUCUUUGAACCGGAUUCCGGGCGCCGCAUCGAGAUUCUCGGCGCUCCGGGGCGUCAGAUGGCGUAUUUCUCUUGGUGUUCUGCCCGGGUCGCCGUCAGUGUCUGUCGACGAGCUCCGGCGAGUAACCGCCGAUGACCGAAGAAGAUACGCUACUCUUAGACGAAGACUUCUGGUAGAUCCACAUUUCUCAAAAGAUGGAAGUAAUUUUCCAAAUCUUACAGUGGACAAUCCUCUAUCACAAAAUCCAGAUAGCAUGUGGGGUCGUUAUUUCCGGAAUGCUGAGCUUGAGAAAAUGGUUGACCAGGACCUUUCCCGGCUAUAUCCAGAACAUGGUAGCUACUUUCAGACACCUGUGUGCCAGUCCAUGUUGAGAAGAAUAUUAUUAAUGUGGUGCCUUAGGCAUCCAGAUUAUGGAUAUAGACAAGGGAUGCAUGAGUUAUUAGCUCCUCUGCUUUAUGUACUUCAUGUUGAUGUGCAACAUCUGUCGAAAGUGAAGAAGAUCUAUGAAGACUAUUUCAAUGAUGAUUUUGAUGAGAUCUCUUUUUCAAAUGGGGACUCGGGCAGCAAGCAUAGAUUCACAAAGGCAGCAAACUGGGAUGAUGGAAUGGAAAAUAAAGACGGUGUUAUGGAAGAACUUGAUCCUGACACCCGUGACAUUUUUCUGUUGAGUGAUGCUUAUGGGACAGAAGGGGAACUGGGUAUUGUUGUAUCUGAGAGGUUCAUCGAACAUGAUGCUUUCUGUAUGUUUGAAGGACUGAUGAACGGAACUAAUGGUGUUGUUGCAAUGGUGGAUUUUUUUGCCCCGUCUGCAGCCACUGGAGCCAAUUCUGGCAUCCCGCCUGUAAUUGAGGCCGCUCCAAUUUAUCAUUUGCUUUUUCUUGUUGAUUCAUCUCUUCACAGUCAUCUUGUUGAACUUGGUGUGGAACCCCAGUACUUUGCCCUCAGAUGGUUGCGGGUUUUGUUCGGACGUGAAUUUUCUCUCCAAGAUCUUUUAUUAAUUUGGGAUGAAAUAUUUUCUUCACCAAAUGGGAUGGUUGUAGAAAAUAAUAAUGAGUACAACUUCAAGGUCUUGUCCGCUCCUCGGGGAGCCUUCAUUUCAGCGAUGGCGGUAUCGUUGUUAUUGAACCUACGGCCUUCACUCCUUGCCACAGAGCAUGCAACAUCUUGCCUCCAAAAACUGUUGAAUUUCCCACAGAAUAUAGAUGUUAUGAAGCUGAUAGAGAAGGCGAAAUCAUUGCAGGCUCUUGCUCUAGAAACAAGCUUCUCAUCCAGGAGUAAACCGGCAGUUUUUAUAAAGGGUCACAGUUUUCCAUUGUCUUCGACUUCUCCUCAGACUUCACCCUGCUCAUUGCAUGAUGGUUACUGGGAAGAGAAAUGGAGAGUGCUGAAUCAGGAAGAAGCAAUCAACAAGGGAAAAGGACUUGUAAAAAGUAAUCUGGUACAAAGAUUAGGUUUAUCAAGGUGCGAAUCAGAUCCUUCACCAUCGAGGCAUGUUAGUGGAAAUAAUAAUUCUCGUUUUUCAGUCAGACGUAAUCUAGCAAAUGAUUUUUCUCGAGAAAUUGACUCAGAGAAGGUGGAAUGUGAUGGAAAUGGCAGCACAUCAAGUAGUAAAGAGUCUAUCUCCGUUGAAAGAGAUGAAGAGAAGCACAUUAUAAUGGAAGCAACAUGUUUGAAUGGAGAGAACUCCUUAAUGUUCUCCACCUCAACUAGUCCUCAUAGCGUGCACAAUGACCGGGAAAACGAUUCUGAGAGAAGUAUUACAAAUUCAUUUGUUGUUGAUAACGAUGAAAUCAACAGUAUCGAUGACAACCUGCCAUCAACAUCUUCUACCAUAAAACCCGGUCCCAAUACAACAAAUAAAGCAGAAAAACAGGCUGCUACUGUGAAGGAUCGUAAACCACUUGCCAGUAAAUUUCAUUGGUUCUGGAAGUUUGGAAAAGGUUCGGUUGAGGACAACUCUGAGAAACAGGCAAGUGAAGGACAACAAACCUUGUGCUCCGAUGCAUCGAGCACAACAGUCAGUGGUAGGAUGAACAAUUUGAAGAAUCUUGGGCAAUCGAUGCUUGACAAUAUUCAGGUUAUUGAGUCGGUAUUCCAGCAAGACCUUGUCCAAGUUAGCACAUUAGAUAACUUACCGAAUAACAUCCUUGAGAGCAAAGGCCAAGCACCGGCAAUGGCAGCUCUAAAGGAGCUUCGGAAAAUCAGCAACCUUAUAUCUGAGAUGUGAGGUGAGUUUUUGCAGUCAUAGACAACCAUUUGAAGUAUCAGUCUUGUAUGGCAUGGUAAAUAAGAUCAUAGUCCUGGGCUUUUCUUGCCCCUUCAUUUUUGUGUGUGUGUGUAUAUAUAUAUAUAUAUAUAUGUGUGAGAGAGAGGUUUGGCAUCUAAUGAUCAAAAUAAUAAUAAAAUUCUUUUGGUGAAAUGGAGUUCAUUUCAUGGCUUGUCUUGAUCAUGGGACAAGCAAAUCCAAGCAAGCACUCUUGUAUUCUUUGAUGGUUAAAGAAAGG